AUAUAAAUGGGAUGGUAAACACCACUGUCUCAAAAUACGUCUUUAUUUCAGAUCUGAGCUCUGGAGUGAGGGAAAAACGAUCAGCUGGUUACGGUUUUGGGGGAGGCUACGAUUUCGGUUGGAAGAGGUCCCUCACUGACUUUGAUGGAUUUAACUUUAAUCUAUCCGAUAUCGAGCUGCUGCAAGACGUAGCGGAGAAGCUGGUAGACGGUGAGCAAGUAAUGACAGAGCACGUCGACAGUGCAGAACACUGGAAGCUGUGGAGAAAGAUGGUGAAGCACGGUAUGGAAGAGUCAGGAUACUAUGACCUGGCCGUGUUCAUGUUCUGUAUGCUCAACUAGACCGGAACUCUGUGGUUUGAUCUGAUGAUGGGACUCGGACAUUGUUGUAAACUGUUGUAAACUGCUGUAAGCUGCUGUAAACUUUACCGAUUCGUUUUUGUAAACUAACUUUGACCCCUGUUUAAGAUUUCGGGGAUAUUCGCUUGAUGCUUGAACUUUUUUUUAUUUUGGUCUUAAAUGUGCAAAUGCAAAAAUUAUUUAAUUUAUGAACUUA